AAAUAAACAAUAUUAAUAAUUACGAUUAAUUUUUUUUUUAAUAACGAAAAAAAAACCUCUAGAAUUUAUCUAAUAGUUUUUAUUUUCUUUAAAAAGAAACACAAUAUUAUCAUACGUAAUUCAUAUCUAGAAUUAUACGGUCUUUAAUGUUGAUAAAAAAAAAUACUCAAUGACGACUUGAUACGUGAUAAACAUAUACUAAUUAUUUAGUUAUUCGCGGUUCGUCAAAUGACUUGGUGAUACUUUUUAAGUAUUUGUGUGCUGAAAUAAUCUAUCGCUCUCUGAUAAAAUAAAAACAAAGAUCAAUAAACUUAUUAAAAGAAAAUAUAACAUUUUAUAAAUAAAUUUAAUAGUAUAAACUGUUAUCAACAAAUAGAUACGUAAUUUUAUGAUGGUAAAUUAAAGUGGGUUUUUUAUAAUGACAACUCAAGAGGUAGACAAAAAAAAAACAAUAUUAAAUGUUAAUAAAAUUUAGGAUUUUUGAUAAAAACAAAUAAAGAAAAUUAUAUUAUUACUAGUUAGACGGGUUUAAAUAAGAUCGAUAAUUUAUCGGCUUUAUGUUUAUUGUUAAAAUAUAUAUGGCAGUAGAUUUCAAGUUUACAUUCACAUACUAUCUGUGUAAAUAAAUCCCCACUUAAAAUAUCAUUCCCCUCCUUUGUUAAAUAUAAUCCAACUAUGGAUAGAAUUAAACUUUACUACUUAUACCGGCGAUCUCGAUCACAAUUUAAAAGUCGCUGGUUGAUCAUAACUACAAUCAUUUUUACUGUAAUGUUCGGUAUUGUUAUUACCGUCUUAGCUUUACAAAGUUAUUGUACUGAAGCCCAACUCUUCAGUUCACCAUGGCACUACAAAUGCGUUGGUGGAUACUGCAAGAAGGAAGAGAUAACACCGAAUGUAACAUCACCGCUGUCAUUGGAAGUUUGCCAAUUAUUUUGCGGUCAAGGAGGUGCAUUGUGGCCUAAACCAACCGGGCAUUUAUCACUUGGCAAUUUCGUAGCACAUUUGAAUCCCGAUAACAUACAAAUACGUUCAGUAAAUCCAAAAUCAAACGUCGGAAAUCUUCUUUACCGCAACGUCGAGAGGCUUAAAAAAAAUGUUAAAAAAGCAAGCGGUAGUUUAGCAAGAUCCGGUGGUUUGAAUCUCAGUAUAAAUGUAAAAGGUUUAAAAAAUUAUGAUGACUUUAUUUUGACAUUAAAUACCAGAGAAAAUUAUACAUUACAAAUAUAUCAGCAAAGUAUUGAUGAAAUAAGUGUGACAAUAAGCGGAGAUAAUUAUUUUGGAGUACGGCAUGGUAUUGAGACAUUGUCGCAAUUGAUUGUUUAUAAUGAUUUGAUAAAUGAAAUCCAAGUUGUACGCGAUGUUUAUAUUGUUGAUGGUCCAGUUUAUCCAUAUCGUGGUAUAUUACUGGACACCAGCCGUAAUUAUAUGGACAAAGCUUCAAUAUUGAGGACAAUUGAAGCCAUGGGAAUGUCAAAACUUAAUACCUUCCAUUGGCAUAUAACAGAUUCUCAUAGUUUUCCUUACGUCAGUCGGACGUGGCCAAAUAUGUCAAGAUACGGAGCUUACACACCUAGUAAAGUAUACACUGCUCAAGACAUCAAAGAAAUUGUCGACAUUGGUUUUCUUAAUGGUGUUCGUGUACUUCCGGAGUUCGAUGCCCCAGCUCAUGUGGGUGAAGGCUGGCAAUGGGUCGGCAACAAUGCUACUGUAUGUUUCCGUGCUGAACCCUGGUCAAAGUACUGCGUUGAGCCACCUUGUGGUCAACUAAAUCCUGCUAGUGAAAGAGUUUAUGAAAUACUUGAGGGUAUUUAUCAAGACAUGAUAGACGACUUCAAGCCUGAUAUCUUUCAUAUGGGUGGAGAUGAAGUCAAUAUUAAUUGUUGGAAUUCUUCUGAACCGAUUCGCAAGUGGAUGAUGGAAACUAAAGGAUGGGAUUUAUCGGAAUCUAGUUUCAUUGAUCUUUGGGGUAUUUUUCAAAAACGAGCUUAUGAAAAAUUAAAAUUAGCUAAUGGUGGUAGAGAUAUACCAGUUAUUUUGUGGACCAGUGGACUUACCAAUGAAGAAAAUUUAAAACAUUUAGAUCCAAAUAAAUAUAUAAUACAAAUAUGGACUACAGGACUUGAUUUAACAAUAAAUCGAUUGAUUAAAAAUGACUUCAAAGUUAUUUUUUCAAACUACGACGCACUCUACUUAGACUGCGGCUUUGGAGCUUGGGUCGGUGAAGGAACGAACUGGUGUUCGCCCUACAAAGGCUGGCAAAAAGUUUAUGAAAAUUCUCCUCUGCAAAUUGUCAGGAGCCAAGGAUUUGAGUCUAAAAAACAUUUAAUUCUUGGUGGAGAAGCAGCAUUGUGGUCAGAACAAGUGGACAGCACUUCAGUAGAUGCACGUCUGUGGCCUCGAUCAGCAGCAAUGGCUGAAAGAUUAUGGGCCGAGCCACAGUCAUACUGGAUGCAUGCGGAACAACGGAUGCUUCGUCAUCGCGAGCGUUUAGUCAAGCGAGGAAUUUUUGCCGAUAGCUUAGAACCUGAAUGGUGUCUUCAGAAUCAAGGCCACUGCUAUUUGUGAAACUAAUAAAUAUUUAUUACUUUAUUUGUAAUAAUAAUAUAUCAAUAAUACUUUUAUUUCUGGCAAGUGGCCCAUCAGCGAUUUUAGUUACUAAGGAAUAAAAAAUGAAAUCAUUUUUUUUUAUUUUAGUUUUUAAUUUUUUUACUAAAUAAAAAAUUAUCAAGUCUG